AUGAAGAACCUGGAAAACCUACGUCCUGUUGGCAGGCUUGAGCGCUACUCAACUGCCCGCCAUGACCUCAAGUUCUAUCUUGGUCCUGCAGUGACUGCCUCGUACAAGCUCUCGAAGAGCUAUGCAUUACCACUGAAGGACUACAUUUACAGGGUGCUCGGAGAUGUGAUUGCUCAGCAUCCUAUCCUGUCCGCUAUCCCAGUGGACGAGCAUACCCAGAAUCCAUACUUCGUCCGCCUGUCCGAAAUCGAUCUGGACCAAUGUGUCACUUUCCAGGUUCGGCAGCAGGAUUACCCAUGGGAAGCCGAGACGCGAGACGCUGAACUGGACGAACUCCUCGGCUCUCAACAUAGCAUCCCCUAUGAAGCACCCAUACCCUUCUGGCGUCUACGGGUCCUUUAUCAGUCUACUCAUUUUACAGCAGCGUUUUUCUACCAUCAUGCUUUGGGUGAUGGACAGUCAGGCAUUGCUUUCCACCGUACCUUUCACAAAGCCUUGUCAUCUGCCUCCACAGGAUCGCUCGCUAUUCCUGUUCCAAAAAUCAUCGCUACCCCAUCCACACCGUUGCUGCCAAAUCUGGAAGCACUUCACCCGUUACCUGUCACGAUAUGGUACCUCCUCAAAGUCCUCUUCAGGGAGUGGGUCUUGUCAAAAUUCUGGCCGGCUAGAGAUCCUGGCCUCUGGACCGGUGGGACAUGCACUGCGCCUCUGGGACAAACUCGAGUCCGAUCACUCAAUAUUCCAGCUUUGACAACAACAGCUCUCAAGAAUGUGUGCCGUGAGAACGGCACGACCAUCACCGCAGCACUGCAAACCCUCAUUGCAGGCGUGCUUUUUGCCCAUUUGCCUGACAAUUUCAGAGGUCUCGCAUGUAGCGGCGCGCUCUCCGCGCGUCGGUUCCUCCAAAAGGACGCCAGGAUUACCGACGACGUUAUGGGUGUGUUCGUUCAGGAUAUGUCCGAGUCUUACAACCGUCAUAGCUUUGAUGCUGCUCAGGAUUCAAAGCGCGAUAUUUCUCUCCUCUCCUGGUCCGAGGCGCAACGUUCCCGCCGCAACAUCGAAAACAUAUUGAGCUUGAAAGGCGCCAACGCGGAAGCUAACCUGCUCAAAUAUGUGAACAACUUUCAUGAAGAGCUCUUCUUGUCCAAGAUAGGAAAGCACAGGGAUAAAAGCUUCGAGGUAUCCAACCUAGGUCUCGUCAAACCAGGCACAAGCGCGCACGGAGAGAGCGAUGUAGAAAUGGGGAGAAUGGUCUUUACCCAGAGCGCUGGCGUCACGGCCGCCGCAAUUCAAGUCUCAGUCGUCACGGGCGCCGAUGGAUGUUUGGUCCUCGGCAUUACGUGGCAGGAGGGCAUUGUCGAGGAUGGGCUCGUCCAUGAUGCAUUGGAGGGUGUCGCGGCUGAAAUAGAGCGGUUAACAUCGAAGUCUCAAUAA